AUGGCGCAGACACACGCAUGUGGUGACAAAACCUCUCUCCCGCCAGUGUCUGAGGCGCUGCGACCAGAAGAAGCCGAUGAUCGCGAAGGCCACAUCGCAUCUCUCGAAAUGAACACAGAAGAAGAUGACAUCGGCAACUCAAUCGCAGCGAUGCUCGAAGACGACAAAGCAAUCGACAACGCGAACGACGAAGCUGCCGCGACCGAAGAACGUGAGGUCGAGCUCACUCCAAAUGAAUUCCUAACCAAGAUGAAGGAGUCCAGACCCGACUUCAAGGUGAAGGUCAAGAGACUAUGCCACCACCUCGAAACAUCAGGUCGUCCAUAUGCUGGCAGGAAGGCAAAUGCGCUACGAGAGCAGAUUGCUGAGAUUGGCAAAUUGACUAGGAGGCUGAGAACAAAAGAGAGGAAGCGCAUGCGUGGACCAGAGGAGAAGGCACCGAAGCGGCCGGACUACUUCACCAUUGCUGUACGCAUACAAGAAUUGGGAGGCCUGGAGGAUGCUCCCGGGUCGCCUGUAGCAGAAGCACAGCAGGUUGUGGAGGAUGAGGACUUCGUCGUGCCUGCCACGCCACGAGCGGGUGCUACUGGUGACGAGGGAAGUGAUUUCGACGAACCACCGACGAAGAAGCGGAAGCAGCGCAAGCAUAUGAAUGCACAGCAGCAAGCUGAAGCGCUGUCAAAGCUUGAGGCGAAGAUUAGGGAGAUCAACUCUGCUGCAAAUCAACCCGAGAGUCUGGCCUAUGUCGAUCAGCCGGGGUGGGCGCCAUUGUCGCCUCCGAAAAACGCUUCGAAGCCAUGUAGUCCCGAGAAGAAGGCACCAGCAGCUCGCUCAAGGGUCGUCACCCCAGAAGCUGACCCUGCGACUUUAGAGAAGGGUUGCACGAUAGCCGCGGCAUCAGAAAAUCCGGCACUACAGGCUCAAGACAUUGCAGUAGUCAGCCGUCUUGCUCUGGCCGCCAAGUACUUGAGCGCCGUCUCGACUAUCGAAAGUAGUGUAGCACAAGACCUGCAGUCCUUCGGCUCGACCUUCUGUGGCCAACGAUGCUGGCAAGAUCGCUACGCAUACUACGACCAAGAUGACUUCGUAGAGUCGGAUGCGGACAGAGUGCAGUGGGCGAAGGCUAUCUUGAUAGGUUUAAUCGAUAUCGUGGAGCUGUUCGACGACGUGGCGGCUGAUGAGAUUGACCGAUUCGUAAAUUCGAUAUGA